AGGCAGGUACAGGGCAAUAGAGUAAAUGCCUCAUUAACUUUUUUGUUUGAUGUGUUAUUUCGCAAAGUUUUCUCUAUCUUCAGCGCUGCACCCCUGCCUUCCCGUCACAUACUCACUUUGCAUCGCACCAGAGAGACGCCAGAACACCGGCCGGCCACCAUCGCUGACAAAGUUCCCGAUGGUUUUGUUCCCUUCGUCAAUCAAAAAGGUAUUAGUCUCAAAUCCAUUUGUUGAUCUUCACUUUUGGUAUUCAAUUUCCAACCCUAAUUAGGAUAUAGCAUAUUCUUUCUUAAAUUUUGGUUUGGAACAAUAGGUGGAUGUUAACCCACUAUCUAUUCCUUUACAAAAUCAGCAAGGGGGUGUUUUUGUAUGGAUAUGUGAACCACAUUUAUUCCCUUGGAUAGAAGGUGUAGUUUGAGGUUGGAAUUCAGCAUCAUUAUCUUUGGAAAAGUCAGCCCUAGAAACUUCAAGUUCAGCCUCUAGUUCAGGUUCUUUUUCAAUCUCAACCCUUAAGGGUUCACUUUUUCCAAGAAAGUCAGAUUCCUUUAACAUUUCAGCUCCUAAUGCCUCACUUUUUUCAUUAAAUUCAGCUUCUAACUCAGAAUUUCUCUCAAAAUCAGCCUCAAAAGUUUUAAAAUCAAGCAUUAGAGUUUGAGUUUUGUCACAGUCAGAUUCUAUUUCAUAAUCAGCUCUUAAAGUUUGACUUCUCUUGAGAGAAUCAAGUUUAAAAUCAGAUUUGACCUCAAGAUUUGUUCUUACAGUUUUAGUCUGAUUCAAAUUUCUUCUCAAAUGGUGUUCUCUCCAUUUCAUUUUAAGGCGAAAAUUUAUUUUUAGAGUCAAAAGCACAUUCAAAAUAUUCCCAUCCAUAAACACUUUCAAACUCAAAGUCUUGUUUGAGUUCAACUUCAUCGUGAAGAGGGAAUUGUACACAAGCAAAGGUUUGACUUUGAGGCUCCUUUUGAAACAUAUUUGCAAACUGAUUUAGAGACUGAAAUUCAUUUUGUAAAUCAUUCAGGGCUUUUUCAGAAUUCAUUUGCCUUUGAAAAAGUUCAUUUAUACCUCUGUCAGAGUUGGACAGUUUGGAAUCCAUUCUGUCAAAUUUUUCCAACAUACUUUCAAAAAUUUGAUUCAGUUUACCACUAGAAUAGGGUUUGUUUUCACAGUAAUCAGAUUGAAAUGGUUGAGAAUAGCAAUUACUCCUACCAUUUUUAUAAGCAUUUUAAGCACAAACUGAACUGAACCCAUAAAAACCAUUCACAUGUUGAGAAAAAUCAGAUUCCCUUGGCUGAUAAUUGUAAUUUGAAUAAGAAAAGGAGUGUUCAUUCAAAUUGGAUUCCUAAAUGUCAGAGUGAGCUUGUUGAGGAGGGGCAUAUUCAACAUUUUGAUAAAUAUUUGAAUGUUGGUUCAUGUUAGGAUUAGAGAAACCACAAGUUUGAUCACAUAUACGAACACUCAAAUAAGAAUAAGCAAAGUAUUUGCACUGUUGAGUGCUAUGUCCUUCCACUAAACAAAUUUCACACUUAAGCUCUUAUUUUUUCAUUUCAUCAUAUAAGGUUCUCACUCUAUUUAUUUUUCUAAAAUUUUCAGUAUUUAAAUUUUAUUUCUUUCACUGUUUUUCUAUCCGAUAUUUAAUUUGUAGAUUCUGUAUUCUAGUUUCAAAACUAUGGUUAAUUGCUACGUUUUUUGUUUGAGGAAUCCUGCGGCACCUUGUGGGCGAUUUGCGAGUUCUCUGGAUUUAGGGUUAGAGGGAGUUGUGUUGUGCAGGAGUAGAGGUUAAUGAAGAACUGCUUUGUCCCUCAAGAACAAUUCGAUCAUAAUUAUAAAGAAGGAGGUCCUUGGCUUCCUAGUUGAAGGAUCACAGAUCAAAAUCAGGGCUAUUGUGGAAAGAGGAGCUGGAAUCUGCUGCUGUGGCUACCAGUCGCCUCUUUUCCGGAAAACAUUCAUUUUCGAUUUCCAGGAAUUUCUUAUUUGCUUUGCCGUCAGCGCACGAGAAGAAGGACCCCUGCUUUGCCGCCACAGUGCAUCGCCAGAUAGUAGCCGGCCGCCAUCGUAGAGAAAACCCCCGAUCAGUUUGUUUGUCUUCUUCAAUCUUCAAUCAAAGAUGGACGAAAAUGAUUGUGGCUCAUCCAUGAACACGAGUGAUGGCAGAUUUAAGAAUUCAAAUGGUGAAGAUCUAUCUUAUAAAAGUAGUCCUGAAAUUGACCAUGAUGAGAUGAAUGAUGUGAAAAAUAACAUAGGGGAGGAGUUUAGAAGCAUUUAUGAGAUAACAUCUGAUGAGAUUAAUCAUCUUGAAUUUGAUACCUUAGAUCAAGCUUGCAACUUUUAUGAAACAUAUGCAAGAAGUAAAGGAUUUGCAGUGAGGAAAGAUGAUGUUCAACGAGACGUGAACAAUAAUAUGAAAAUGCGUCAGCUAGUAUGUAAUAAAGCUGGAUUGAGGGAUAAAAAGUAUUUGACUAUGUUGGAUAGGAAGAAGCCACAUAGGCCGAUUACGCGUACAAACUGUGAAGCUAAGUUUCGAGUGCACUUAGAUUAUAAGACUUCAAAAUGGAUAGUUACAUCAUUUGUAGAACAUCAUAACCAUUUUUUAUGUCCUUCCAAAUAUGUUCACCUGUUUCCCGCGUAUCGAGCCCUGAAUGAUGCUGACAAGGCACAAAUUGAUAUUUUACACGCACAAGGUGUUAGGACUUGUCAUAUAAUGGGAUAUAUGGUGGCUCAGAAGGGGGGAUAUGACAAGGUUGGGUUUACAAAAAAAGAUUUAUAUAACUAUCUCGACACACAAAAACACGUUAAGAUUGAAGAUGGAGAUGCACGAGCUGCACUAAGUUACCUUCAAGGUAAAGCUGACAAUGACCCUAUGUUAUUUUGUAAGUAUGGUGUUGGAACAGAUGGUAAGUUAAAACAUUUAUUUUGGGCAGAUGGUGCGAGCAUAGUAGACUUUCAAUGUUUUGGUGAUGUUCUUGCAUUUGACACUACUUAUAAGAAGAACAAAUAUAAUUGUCCAUUAGUUAUUUUUUCUGGGUGUAAUCAUCAUUCGCAGACGGUUAUAUUUGGUUGUGCUUUAGUGUCUGAUGAAACUAUUGAGACUUACCAAUGGGUUUUAAAGGCUUUUUUGGAAGCAAUGUACAACAAACAUCCAAUUUCAGUUGUUACAGAUGGUGACAUGUCUAUGAGAGAUGCUGUUAAAGUUAUUUUCCCGAAUUCUACUCAUCGCCUGUGUGCGUGACAUUUACACCAAAAUGCGUUGAAGAAUGUUAAGAUUCCGCCAUUUGUCGAGGAUUUCCAAAAAGCAAUGUAUGCUAAUUAUACUCCCAAGGAAUUCGAAGAAUUUUGGCAAAACAUUGUACAAGAACAUGAUGUUGGUUCUAAUCCGUGGGUAUUAGAAACGUAUGAGAACAAAGAGUUGUGGGCUACUGCAUAUUUGCGUGAGACAUUCUUUGGUCGUAUACGGACCACAUCACAAUGUGAAGCAAUUAAUUCUCUAAUAAAGUCUUAUGUGAAGAAGAAAACUACCCUUGUUGAAUUUACUCAUAAUUUUGAGCAACUAUUGAGGGAGUACAGGAAUAAUGAGGUGAUUGCUGAUUUCAAGUCAUGUUUCUCUGAACCUGUGAUGACAACUUCUUUGAAGGAUAUUGAGCGGGAGGCUGCCCGAAUUUAUACACAUGAAAUAUUCAAAGAAGUGAAGAAAGAGAUUGAAAUUAGUUGUGCAUUAAAUGUUGUUCGUCGAGAAGAAAUUGGAGACAUUUUGAUGAUUGAGGUGAGCCACUAUUGUGAUGCAUAUACUUUGGUUGAGGUUGAGUUUGAUAGAUUAUGUUCUGUAUUCUCAUGUGCUUGUCGUCGUUUUGAGUCUCGCGGCAUCCCUUGUCGUCAUAUUAUAUGUGUAAUGAAGACAGAGGGUAUUCAUAUUUUUCCCCAGAGCCUAAUAUGCGAAAGGUGGACUAAGAGGAGUAAGACUGACAUAGUUUCUUCAAUACAACCAGAUGAAGUGGACUCUGAUGUUUUGUUGACAGCUCGUUUUGGAGCUUUAGCAGCAGCAUGUAAUAGGUUAUGUAGUAUUGCGGCUAAGAAAACUGAGUCUUUCAAUGAAGUCAGAGAUGAAAUAGUCAGACUAACUCUAAGAAUAGAAAGUGGUGGCGGGAAAUGUAAUACCCGAGUUUCGAAUGGAGUUAGUGAUCCCACUAUUGUGAAGACGAAAGGAGCUCCAAAACAGAGUAAAUUUGAAAGAAAACGAAAGCGGUGUUCUAAGUGUAACUACGUUGGACACACGAUAAGAACAUGUCCAAACCUACGCUUGAAGAACAAAGGAGGGAAGGAUGAUGUUAUACCCUCAGAUUUUACCAACGCCGGUCAAACAUUUCAUGGCAAAGAGAAGGGGCAACAAGAGAUUUCCAAUGGUCUAGAAAAUAUUCUGCCGAAGGAUGAUGCUAAAUCUCUUCAUACUGGUAAUUUUGGAAUGAAUGAUGAUAGACAAGGCUUCGAGUCUGAUCAAAAUCUUGGUCAGGAAACUAUUUUCAGAAAUGAGGUAAUUGAAGUGGAUAAUAAUGAUGAUAUCGGCAGCAAAUACAAUGAUAAACGUCCUUUGAAGGAUAUGUGUAUAGAAGCAAAGAAGUCUCAAAAGAAAAGGAGAAAAUUUGCUGAGAGCGUAAAUAUGGGAAAAGACCUGAAUGAGAAUUUAAAGAAUGCUCCAUCAAAUUCACAUGUACUUCCCCCUCCUUACAAUGCUAUAAGAAAUGAUUUCGGUGCUUUAACGUACCUGUAUGGGACACCUUUUCAAAUGACUCAUGUUCCAUUUCUUCCACCAAUGCUUCAAUUUCCGCUGAGGCCUGAAGUUGUGGGUGUAGACCAUAAUGGCAGAGGGAAAUCAUUUACAUCCUUCCUUGCGGAUGUUAUUCAAAGUGGUAAGGAUGAUGAGCACUCUUAAAUUACACGCAUUGUCUCCAUGUAAGAAAUGAUGUGAGGCUUCAAGUGCAUUUCUUGGAUAGUGCAAGAAAUAAGAAACAAACAUAUCAUGGAGCUCUCAAUUUCAUGGAGGCUUCAAGUGCAUGUCUUUGAGCUGUCAAUUUCUUGAUGAGGUGGGGAACUAACUUCAGUUGUUUUAGAGAUAAUAGAUAUGACAUAGGAGAGCCUCCACCAUCAUGCAUACAUAUCAUCACCUGUAUGCCACUGAUUUUUGGCAUUGUACUGCGUUUUGUUGUUGCUGUUAUUCUUGAUGAUGAUUUUCAGUGUUGAACUAUUAUCAACCAAAGUGUGUCUGUGUCCAGAGGCUCAAUAUCUAGCUCAGUUUCUGUUUUGCCAUAUGUUUAUUUCUGUGUGUCAUAAUUUGCAACUUAUGAGCCCCAUUUUUGCAUACAGCAUUCUUGCUACUAGAUUACCCAAGU